GAUGGUACAGGCCACAGACCUCACUAUAGUUUACGUACUCUGUGCAGAGCUCUGAGAUACGCAGCUUCAAAUCCAUGUAGCAGCAUCCAGCGUUCUUUAUAUGAGGGAUUUUGCCUCUCCUUCCUUACACAGCUUGACCGAGCAUCUCACUCAACAGUCCAAAGCUUGAUAUGCCGGCAUAUUGUACAGUCUGGCAACAUUAAAAGCCUUCUGAAGCAGCCUCUCCCUGAGCCACAUGGAGGACGCUUUGUUCAGAUAGAAGGCUACUGGAUUCCUGUUGGGGCUAAGAACCCAGCUAUAGAUGAAAGUUAUAUCUUAACACCCUCCGUAAAGCUCAAUCUCCGAGAUCUUGUUAGAGUUGUCUCUGCAGGAAAUCAUCCAGUACUUCUUCAAGGAGAAACAUCUGUUGGCAAAACAAGUUUAAUUCGCUGGCUGGCUUGCGCUAGUGGGAACCAUUGUGUAAGGAUUAAUAAUCAUGAGCAUACAGACAUCCAGGAAUAUAUUGGCUGCUAUACAUCCGAUGCUUCUGGGAAACUUGUAUUUCAAGAAGGUGUCCUAAUUGAUGCAAUGAGAAAAGGUUACUGGAUCAUACUGGAUGAACUGAAUUUGGCUCCAACAGAUGUACUUGAAGCUCUCAAACAGAUUGCUAGAUGACAACAGAGAACUGUUCAUUACUGAAACACAAGAAGUGGUUAAAGCACAUCCACGUUUUAUGCUUUUUGCCACACAGAAUCCACCAGGCAUUUAUGGGGGCAGAAAGGUGUUAUCUAGGGCUUUUCGUAAUCGAUUUGUGGAA